UUUUUGAGAAUAUCUCAGAAACUAUUAAUAUUUUAUAAUAAGUUGUAGAAGCGGAAAUGUUCAUCUCAACGAGCUUGAUCUUAUCAAAUCAAAAAGUAGGUCAUAUGUUACGUAAUUAGAGAUUUUAAGGGCCAAAAUCGUAAAUAUUUGACGCCUCAUAUCUUUAAAACGACAUAUUUUUUGAAAAGCAUUAUCGAACAAAAGUUGUUCAAUGUGUCAUAACCUAUCGAUCAAUAUAAAAAAAAUGGGUCUGUGGGCCUCAUGGCUCGCCUGUAGAGUCGAUUUUUGUCGAUAUCAGUCGAUUUCAAAAACUUGUAACUGGUAAAUAUUUUGUAAGGACAUAUUGAACAAAAGUUGUUCAGUUUCUCGAGAUCUAUCGAUUGAUAUCAAGAAAUAGGCCUAUGGUCCUAAUGGCUCGCCUGUAGAGUCGAUUUUUUGUCGAUAUCGGUCGAUCUCAAUAACUUUUUACAGGUAAAUAUUUUGUAAAGACAUAUAGAACUAAAGUUGUUGAGUCUAUAGAGGGCUAACAAAUGACAUCAAGAAAUAGGCCCGCGGGCCUUAUGGCUCGCCUGGAGAGUCGAAUUUCAAACGAAUUUCACCGCAACUUUGCUUCAGAAGCUUAUGAUAUGAAAAAUUGAUUAUAGCUAAAGUGUCUUAAAGUCGGAAACUAAAUUGGGACUCAUUUGUCUUUUUUUUUUUUUUAACUCCGAGUGCAUCAACAAAUCGGACGGAAGACCUACUCGUUGCUCGCAACGAGAUCGUGUCUAGUUUUUUUUUUAUUUUUGUUUUAGCAAUGGCAUUUUGCUAUUUCUAUUUCCGUUUAUAAUUUCAAUUUUUUUUUCUUUUGGUAACUCUGGUUCUAUAUUUUUUGGUUUUCACAAUUUCAUUUAUGUUAAUAUUUCUUUAUUAUUGAUUGCUAUUCCGAAUUCUUAAAACAUGUAGAAUAAAAAUUGCAAACAGACACAGAUUAAAAACGUUGAAAAACAUAUUCAAAAUGUAGCACCUUCAUAGGGGUGAAUAUAACGUUCAAACCUUUUUAGUUUGUCUGACUUCAAGCAAUCAGAAAGCAACCAUAUGAAUGACCAACAUACACUUAUCCAUGGAAGUCCUCGUGUUUUGAGUUGCAUUUUUCCGGAAAUUUUCUUUCUUUUCAAUACUGGUUUAAUAUAGUAUAUGUAUCUUUUUUUGCGAGACUGUGAAAAAUUAAUUGUUUGUUUAAAUUACAUUACAAUUAUAAUUUAUACUAUGAUAAAACAAAAAUAAUAUUACUAGUUCAUAGAGAUAUUACUAGGCCUAAUAUUUUAUAUGGAUGAAAACAAUGAAAUUUUGUCCAAUCGAUUAUUGUUUUGUUCGAAACUCAAAUGUAAACAAUAUGGCGGAUAAGGAAAAGCAGUCGUCAUGGUAGAUAGCACGCUUUGAGUGAAGAGUUGAAAAAUAUAAUGUUGCUUCAUUAUGCGCUUUAUCACAAGAGUUGACGGUGUAUUUUACAACCAGAAAUACAGAUAUUUCUGAUACCGAUGGAUGAUGCAGAACGACCCACAACCAGUCGGGGUGUACGCUCUCGAGCCCGACGACCCCCUUCUCGGGGUGGUAGACAGAUUGAACACUUAAUAGAUGAUGAGACUGAAGAGAAUGGAAGACCAGGAUCUCGACGAGGAUUUACGCCAGAAACAUACGAUAGAGAGGAUUAUGAUGAAUUUUCAAGACAGAAUCAUGUGAUUGAGAGACAGAUAACACCAGAAUAUGAUGAUCCACUUAGUCUUAUCUCAGGGCAUAUGUCUCCUCGGCAGCAGAGAAAUUCUCCUGCUUUCAGAGAUAGUCCUCACUCACAAAGAGGUUACCGGCCUCACAGAGACAGUCCAUUAGUCUACAGCCCAACAAACCAUGAAUCUCCUCAGAACACCCCAUAUGAAAGACCCUCUUCCAGGAGGAAAGGGGAUAUUCUGCAUAGUGAUAGACGGUACAGCUCGGUUUCUCCUCAGCAUGACGAUCAUCGUUAUGGUUCCUCUCCAGCGGACAGGCAUUAUGGAUCCUUAUCAAAUUAUGAACAUCCUGACCAUGGAUAUGGUGACCAAAGUAUCUACAACAAUAAUCAGCAUUCUGAGUUCAACCAAAGAACAAACUCUCCUGAAAUGGAAUCCAAUGUUUUUAGUGUGGAAGAUUCUUGGCAUCCAACUCCCAGAGAUAAGCCCCCAACCACCCGUCCAAAGUCCAGCAGAAAAAGAUUGAAGAGUGGCAGAAAGAAAAGACAAGAACAAGAGUCCCAACAGACCUAUUCAGCUGUGGAUACACCAAUACUCAGACCCCCAUCAUCACUCUCAAAGUACAAACCCCUUCCUGCCAUUGGGGCUACAUCACCUACUACUGAUGACACGGACGACAUCUCCAAAAAGGCCCAGGUUAUGACACUUGGGCUUGGUGAAAGAACUCAAACAAGUUAUUCAAUCGAACUUCACAAAAAAGACUCUGAAAAUCCAUCUGAACAUUGCACUUCAAGAGGUAGUGAUGGAAGAGGUAGUUUAGAUCAAAAACUGAGCAACAGAAGAGAAAGCUUAGAACAACAAAGUACCCAUUACAGACAGCAAAGUUUAGAACACCCUGAUUCAACUAAAGAAAUAGAUCUGUCUAGCAAAAAUGGGUUCCAACCACACGACCUCCCAAGAGAACCUGAUGAUGCAGAAGUGAGGAUUUUGUUAGCCAUAAGACUACCUGAUGGCCGAAGACAUCAACGGUAUUUCAGGUUGGUGGAAAAAAUGGAUCUGGUGCUAAAAUUUGCAGAAAAUGUGAGUGGAAUGGACUUGGCGGAGUUUAGACUGGCUUGUAAUGCCCCACGGGCAGUGUUUACUGACUUGACACAACAAGUAGGCGAGUCUGGGAUUCAGGACAGGACUAUUCUAUACCUGGAGGAGAUGGAAUAGAAAAAACUAAAACGCUAACCUCUACUUGCACAAAAAUUGACAAGGCAUACAUGUUUAAUUAAGUACACACAGUAACAUUGUAUGGAAUGAAAAUACUUGUAAAAUGAAAGUUGAUAAAAACUUGUCAAUUUAAAGAAAAAUCUGCUGUGAAAAACUACUGUAAAAUUGCAUAUUUUUGUGGGGUCAAAUUAUUGUGGUUUGUGAAACAUAAAUAUGUAGUUGGGAAUUUGAUCUUCUUGUUAAAGAACUGUUCUUCGUUAUUGUAGUUCACUUUUCUCUUGCUUAUGCAGGUGUAUGAUCAUACCACAAAAACAACAAAAAUCACCCCCACCAAAAUUAUUAAUUUUGCAGUACACCCCCCCCUCUCUCUCUCUCUCUCUCUCUCUCUUUCUCUCUCUCUCCACAUAUAUAGUGCAGGGUUGUUUCUUUGUGAACAAAAAAAAAGGUGCGACAAACUUGUCAAAAGAUGUUGUUUUGUUUAUCUUAUUUCUUUGAAAUAAUUGUUAUGCAUAACACUAAAUGCUGUUUCACAGUCCAGUGUGUUAAUCAGUACCCUGGGGCUUGCAUUGCAUGCUCUAGACCAUGUUUUAUUCGUUGCUUCUUCUUUUUCUACUCACAAUGCAAAUAUUUGUACCAGUGUCAUAUUUCUUUCUUUUUUUAUUAUUUUGUUUUAAAGUACUUGUUAUUAAUAGUAGCUGAAUAAUGCCAUACCCCUGUAAGACCAUCUUCCCUAGCCAAUAGUUUACGCUGUGCUUUGAGAAGCGGAUCAGUGGAUCGUAAAUCCUUGGCUAGCGAAGAUGCUGUAAGACUGUCAUAACGCAUUUUUGCCAGAGUAAUAUCUGUGUAUAGUCAACUUAGAUCUCAUAGUAAAUUUAACAAAUGUACCUCAUUAGUUCACACUGUGUGUGUAUAGAAUGGUACACAUGCACUGGUGCCAACAGAUAGUAAUGGAAGUGUCAGUGUGUACCAAUGUAAAUACUUUUAUAAUGUCCAAUAUGUUAAUUGGUAAAUUACUGUAUUUUAGACUGGGGUGUAUGCUUUCUGGUGUUUUCUGUUGAAAAGAGGACAAAUAUUAUCUUUUGUUUCCAUGGGUCUCUACUUCUUGUUUACUUAAAUCAUAUUAUUUUUAUAUAUAUGGUAUGGGCAGAAAGUGAUAUUUCAGGUCUGUGAUAUUUCCAACAUUUGCUGAGAAUUCAUUAGGAAUGAAUGUGCAUCUGUUUGUAUUAUGGAGGUUUAUAUAAACAAUGGAAACCUUUAAGGUAAUAUAUAGUAAACCCUUAUACUGACAUGACCACAUGAUUCCAUUAUUUUUAUGUUCCCCAUAAUACAAAACAGCUUAGACAUUUAGACUUUGUAUUCGUAUUUUGUAAUAUAUAGGUUUUUAUGUCAAUUUGAAAGGUCGACGUUGCUUUUAUUAAGAAAUAAAAUACAUGGAAACAA